AUGUGCUAUCAGCUUCUCGAAAGAUACAGUAGUUGCGGCUGCUACUAUUAUCGACACCAGGUUGACAAAUGCGGUGCGCAUGGCAGAGCAGGACAUAUUGUUCAACAACGUACGAUCCUGGUUGGUCACACAUGUGCAGACCACACCAGUCACUUCGAAGACUACGGCAAAUACGGCUCUGCUACACCUGCACAAAAAAGCGUUAAGCUUGGGUACUCGAAGCAAGUGGAGGAAUCGGAUGAGACUGGUUUGGACCAGAGCAUCCAGCCCUCCAUCGCGAGCCCCAUCCGCAUUGUGGCUACGUCCUUGAACCCUGACUCAGUGGCAAAGCGUCCCGGGAUAUCUGACGACUUUGCCUGGAUUGAAACACCAGUCCACUAUGACUGGGAAGAUUCAGAUGCCGAAUCAAGAGUUUCGGAUCCGGAUAGCAUCAUCUCCGUGCCAUCUACCGUGAGCUCCGUCGACCCGGACGCAAUUGAGACCAUCUUUCACCGCCUCCUUCAUUUUCAAGACCUUCAAUUCCUGUGGUCACACACGGUGCAACUGUCGGGCUCUCGUUUGAAAAGCAACCACAACAUAGCCCUGUUUCUCGAGCUGUAUGCUAUCGACCUUUUGAAUCUGGCCUUGAACACAAAAGAUCGACCGGAGAAGCGAGUGAAGCUGGAUGCCGCUAGAUUCGUCAGAAGAUCUCGGAGGGAUAUCGCUCGGAGAAUUACCGAGGCUCAUUGCAAGACAUGGACAGACGACAGUGCUGCUGUAAAUAAUGAAAUCAUUGAAGAUCAAGAAAUCGGUGAGAAUAUCGGUGCAAGGCGAGAUUAUGACCAAGGUGAUAGCGGGCCCGAAGAUGAACCCUUCGACUUGGUCACUGCUGUUGCCGAGGUAUUUUUGUUCGAAACGGACCCAGUUCUGCACUUGGAGUCCAAUGUUAAAGCAUUUGUCAAACGACAGUGUCCGAAGGUCGUCCAACAAAGCUUCUGGGAGUUUAUGACUACCAAGACAAGCAACAUGGUGUCAAAAUUAAGGCAAAAGCCUCUGGAAGACGGGAAGACGAGAAUAACAUGGACCUGUGUGAGUUUGAGCUGGCAAUUGUACACACCCUUGGUAUUUACUGAUUUGUGA